UCGCUAAAAGGUUUAUAUACGGAAACGUCUUUCGCUGUAGUGUUAUUCAUUCCAACGUCAGCGUCCGUCUCGACGACAGGCAGCAGUAGAAUAGAGAGAAAAUCGUUAAAACAUUUGGAUCCACGUGAUGGCUCAUUAUCAUCUUCUUCUGUUUUUGGUAGGUGCGUCUACCCUGAUGGCUGCCAUCCGCUUGACGGAAGCUAAGCCUGUUCCAGCACGUCGAUCUUCUUCGCCAUUCGCUGGUUUCCACCAUUUGAUCGGUUCGAUGGACGACGUGUCUGCCGUCCCAACGAUGAUGAUGAUGCCAUCGUUCGUCUACUACCAAAUGGUGUCUCCGUUUAACAGUCCGUUCCAGCGUAUGAUCAAACCAGCGUCGUGGUCAGCUUUUGACGAAUCGUCGGAGGAAGAAGAAGAAGAGGAAGAACUUGAAGAAGAAAUGGAGGAGGAAGCGAAAGAGGGAUCGAAAUUCGGCAAAAAAGAAAUGAAGAAAUCAACUGCUGACAGUUCGAAAAACGAAGAACGAUCGGAGCAGAAGGACAGAGAAAAGGUGAGUCAAACAGAAUCCAAAAAAGGGGAAGACACGGAAAGCGAACGUUUGAACGAUGCUAAAGAUAAACUCCAAGUGGAAACAGAAAAUGAGAAGAAGAAAUCAGACGGCGUCGCAGACGUGGUUAAAAAAGAAGAGCCAUCAGCUGAGCAACCCCAGAAAGAAUGUCUGAAAGAAGCAAAGUCUGAAGUGAGUUCCAAAACGGAACAAAAGACAUCCUCCGUAGAAUCCCCGAAAGAAGAAGAAUCGCAAAGUAAAAAAUCUGAACAGGUGGCGAGUGAAUCGGAGAAAGAAGCAGAAGCUGAGGAAGAGGCAGAACACGAGCAGGAGGAAUCCGUGACAGAAGAAUCCGAGAUAGAGGAAGAAACUCUGACAACAGAUUCACCAACUACGGAAUCUCCUAGUCAAGAAUCUAGCUUGGCUUUGAUUGUGGAAAUAACGACACAAUCACAAACAGAAUCCAUCGUUGAAGAGAUGCUGACUGACGCGCCCAAAAUAACAGAAAACGGCCCUACCAAAAGUCUGGGAGGGUCAUCCACAACGUACGUAUGCAAAUACGGUAAAUGUCUGCACAACGCCGAAGCUAAAAAAUUACUGGAACAAGAAAUAGAGGCGGAAUUAUGGGCGAAAUUGUAGCAAGCCGCCAUUGAAAAAACAAAACACUUAAAAGUUUAUUUAGAUAUAGAGUUCUAUGAAUUUACAUGCUUGAAAACUGUAUGUCACUUGUCUUCCAAUUUUUUAAAAUAAAAUUCUUUUGAGCUUAAAACAUGAA